AGGCGGAUUACAAACUUGAAAAAAAAAAGGAUUGGGUUGCGCCAUACAUAUGAAAGAGUAUACAAUAAUGCUGUAUUUGGUGAAUCAAAUACCAUGGUCUAAUAACGAACCAUUCUGAUUAGUUGAUAAUAUUAGUUGAGAAUUUUUUUGUUUGAAGGGAUUCCUAUAAAAGGUUUCAUUAACUCCUAAUUCAUGUCGAGUAGACCUUGUUGUUGCGAGAAUUCUUAAUUCAUGAGUUGUAGGGAGGGACUUAUGUCACCACAAACAGAGACUAAAGCAAGUGUUGGAUUCAAAGCUGGUGUUAAAGAUUCUAAAUUGACUUAUUCGACUCCUGAAUAUGAAACCAAAGAUACUGAUAUCUUGGCAGCAUUCCGAGUAACUCCUCAACGAGUUCCACCCGAGGAAGCAGGGGCCGCUGUAGCUGCUGAAUCUUCUACUGGUACAUGGACAACUGUGUGGACCGAUGGGCUUACCAGUCUUGAUCGUUACAAAGGACGAUGCUAUGAAUCGAUCGAGCCUGUUCCUGGAGAAGAAAAUCAAUUUAUUGCUUAUGUAGCUUAUCCCCUAGACCUUUUUGAAGAAGGUUCUGUUACUAACAUGUUGACUUCCAUUGUGGGUAAUUUAUUUGGAUUCAAGGCUCUGCGUGCUCUACGUCUGGAGGAUUUGCGAAUCCCUACUGCUUAUGUUAAAACUUUCCACGGCCCGCCUCAUGGUAUCCAGGUUGAAAGAGAUAAAUUGAACAAGUAUGGUCGCCCUCUAUUGGGAUGUACUAUUAAACCAAAAUUGGGAUUCGCUAAGAAUUAUGGUAGAGCAGUUUAUGAAUGUCUACGCGGUGGACUUGAUUUUACCAAAGAUGAUGAAAACGUGAAUUCCCAACCAUUUAUGCGUUGGAGAGACCGUUUCCUAUUUUGUGCGAAAGCCUUUUAUAAAUCACAGGCUGAAGGUGAAAUCAAGGGACAUUACUUGAAUGCUACUGCAGGUACAUGCGAAGAAAUGGAGAUGAAAAGGGCUGUAUUUGCCAGAGAAUUGGGAGUUCCUAUCGUAAUGCAUGACUACUUAACAGGUGGAUUCACUGCAAAUACUAGCUUGGCUCAUUAUUGCCGAGAUAAUGGUCUACUUCUUCACAUUCACCGUGCAAUGCAUGCCGUUAUUGAUAGACAGAAGAAUCAUGGUAUGCACUUCCGUGUACUAGCUAAAGCGUUACGUAUGUCUGGUGGAGACCAUAUUCACGCUGGUACCGUAGUAGGUAAACGUCGAAGGGGAAAGAGACAUCACUUUAGCUUUGUUGAUUUACUACGUGAUGAUUUUAUUGAAAAAGACCGAAGCCGCGGUAUUUAUUUCACUCAAGAUUGGGUCUCUUUACCAGGUGUUCUGCAUGGCUUCCGGUGGUAUCACGUUUGGCAUAUGCCCUGCUCUAACGAGAUUUUUGGAGAUGAUUCUGUACUACAAUUCGGCGGAGGAACUUUGGGGCACCCUUGGGUGUGCAUGCUACCCACAUAGCUUAACAUUAGGUCUUCUACGAGAGAAAAAAAGCAUGUAGAAGUUGCCUUACUCACUUAGGGCGGGGUAAUUGCCGGAAUCGUCUCAGAACACCAAUCAUUAGAAGUGGACAUCCCUUGUCGAUCUCUUCACGAAGGAUUGGAAACUAAGCUCUCCAUAGAAAGCUGUACGAGAAGAGUUAUCAACCGAAAUGGGCCAACCAACAUCCUCCACGGAAGACCAUCGGAAAGAGUGAAGUCAAGCUAUCUCUUACCCUCUUUACCUAUUGUAAUCCGAACGUACAUGGUUUACAUCAUCCCGGGUUUCCUGUUCUAGUAGCCCUCUCUUCAUUCGUAACAUAACCCCAUGCAUGGAUUUUCGAAGCACUCCACCACGAAUAAGACCUAAUCUUUUUUCUUACUUGCCUUUUCGAUCAUGAUGUGAAAGUGAAACUCGCCCUGUGGUCUUCAUUUUAUAAGGAACUCUCUCAAUCACAACUCAAGCAGUGAACAGAAUUCCAGGCCUCAUCAUCAUCCUUUAUAUGUGAAGAGAU